AUGGCUCCCAGAAGAGUCAUUGCCGACUCCGAUGACGACGACGAGGAUUUCAGCCCCAUCAAGCUGACGUCGGGGCCUGAAGAUACAUUCCAAGAUGUGCAACCUGAAAUGGAGCCGCUGAGUCCUCAGCACCAACCUGCCAGCCCAUUGGUCCGGCAACAUUCUUUACUGGCUGUCGCCAAUGCGCAAGAUGAUACCUCAGGAUCUACGAGUCCAUCCUUCUUUGCAAAUAUUCACGAGGUGCAUCAGGUCAAGGGAAUACAGGCUCAGCAGUCGCGACUUGUUGAAAACAUUGUACGCCAGAGCCAGAAGGCCAGCCGCAGCAGUGGCGAUGUCUCUCUGCCAACCCAAGGACAAGGCAGGGGCAGAAAGGCAGUGGCUCAUGGGAGCUCUGCCGCUACUGAUGUGACGAGUCCAGUUCCAGGAGCCAAGUCUGGGCCCAGGAAGAGUCAGCUGGCCCAGAUCAGUGAUGCAACAGAGCUCACAACUCCCCGGAAAAGUGCAGAACGGGACGAAUGGGAUGUUCCGAGCAGCGGAGACGAGGGGAAGCGUCACAAGAAGAACGAAAGAUCGUCUGGCCCAAGCACAGACGACUCGAGCAAAAUUUAUGUGGCCCAAAGCAACUUGUCAGCCAGCCAGAAACGUCAGUAUCGGAAAGUGCAAGUUCUAGAUUCUCACUCUGGCGAAUCAGCCAUACCCGACUCCGUGGGUCAGAUGCAGCCACCAUCAAACUACAAGUCUAGUUGUGCAACAACUGUUGCUGUCUCGACGCCCAGCAGAUAUGCUUCUUCUGGACCGCGGCUCCCAUACGAGAUUGAGCAAUCGGCUGAUGUUGGCAAACCAAGUGCCGCAAUCGAUUUGACCUUAUCAUCACCAGAUGCUAUCACUGUUGGCGGCGCGGAUCAGGAAGGGGACCAAAGCCCGGUCCGACGAUCGUCCGUCAAGAGAAAGAGGCCCGUUGUUCGGGACGACGACGACGAACUUGGCCUAGACGAAAACUUCUUCGAGCAACCAUCUAGUGAUCCUGACUCGGACUAUGACACGGCUGGCCGAAAACCCACCAAGAAGGCUAAGCAGCCAGCAAACUCGUCCAGUGCUGCUGCUAAAAAAGAACCCAAGAAACGCGGUCGCAAGAAGAAACUGCCAGUCGAUGAUGACGUUGUCAUUGACGAUGAAGUGAAAAUUGUCGAACCCUUAUUAAUGACUGCCCCUCCGACAAUCCCAGAAAUAAAUUCUGCAGAGGAGAAACCGAAGAAGAAGAGGGGCAGACCACGGAAGUCAGAAGCUACCCAACCAGCCGGUGCAUCAAUCGAACCGCUCAUCGAGAAGGGGCAGCCAGUACAUCAACCGAGUAGAAACUAUGCACCGCCCGAGAAUGAAGAGGGCGAGGAUGAUGCCACGGCAGAGAAAGAGAGUCGGGGACAAUCAGCAACGGUUGACUCAACUGAGGACGAGGUGGUGACACAGACUGAGGACAAGAGAGAGAAGGGUCCCAGUGGGAGCGCGUCUCCACUUAAGGAAACAGAUCGCAAUGUUCUGGGCAGGUCACAGUCUACAGUCUCGGAUUCCGAUAAGUCAAUGAGUAAGUCCAUGGCAUCUUCACAAGCCGGGAAGAUGUCUUAUCGUGUAGGACUGAGUAAGAAGUCACGCAUCGCACCAUUGCUUAAGAUCAUCCGAAAAUAA